AUGUUGAUGAACGAUUUGGCGAUGCGAUACAAUGGCUCAACUACAGUGGUUGAAGUGGAGAAGAUGAAAGAUGUUAGUUACAUGAUCGACCAACUUCGUUCUGACACUCCUGAUGAUGUGAUGUUUGGAUGCGUCAUUGAAAAGUAUGCAGGCGGGGUGCUAUUCAAGCAGUUUGACACGCAAGCUGGAAAGCUUGAUUAUGCUUUAUUAAUGCCCACUGAGUUCAUUGAUGAGGAUCCUUGGCAUCUUGACCAAGAAUGGAAUGAUCCAUUCGGAGUCACUGCAGACCGUUUCCGGAUUCCUGUGAAGCCCCCGUAUUGGGGUUCUGGUUUUCUAACACUCCAGUACGCCAUUGAUAGCCUGUUCAUCGAGGCUUCCUCAUCCAAUGUGACUCUCUCACCAGAAUUACGCCUCAGACGGCUACCCGAGGCUGCUUAUGAGACCACAACUAUGGCGGCUUUCUUCGGUUACUCAUCGUAUUUCUGGGGGCUUUGCGUCUUUGUACUGGUUAUUCAUACUGCAAGAGAAAUAGCCAGUGAAAGGAGUACAGUAAAGGAUUUCCUGUCCGUAAUGGGUCUUUCAACACCAGUUUUCUACCUUUCACAUGUGCUUUACGCCAGCAUAAAAUGCUUCCUGGUGUUGUUAGUAUGUGCUAUUCCACUCAGCACUAAGUUGGGACCGGUGAGCAUGUCGCUGUUUCUUGUCACGAUUAUAUUGUACGGUAUAUCAGCAGUUGUAUUCGCUACGCUAAUAUCAUCUCUGUUCAAGUCACCAAACACUGUCCUCAAAGGACGUGAAUUGUCGUGGUCCAAUUGUUUUGAAGAAGCUUCAUUCCGUUUUACUGCUGGAGCGGCUUUGGUGAUGUUAGUGGUGGACAUAAUUUGGAUGGGUAUAGCAACGUUGUUCUUCGACUUCAUGUUCAGUGACAGCGAAGUCACUUUUUUCAAGCGGCCAUUUGGUCACAAAUACUUGAGCUCGUCUGCCACUAAACUGGCGCUGGAUAAGGACAUUAAUGAGACCGAUGAAGGAUUGCAAAAAACGCGAGUUGGUAUUUCAGUGCAGCGCCUGAUGAAGAUUUGGUUUUCAAGUGGAGAGCGCGCCGUGGACGGAAUGUCGUUGGAAGCCUACGUAGGACAGGUGUGUUAUCUCAAUCAUAUUACGCUCAGAAUUAGCUAUCCACAGUGUUAUAGGUAA